GCCCACCCCCCGGUGGACGUUAGCGGAUUUCAGGCGGCGGUUCACCGACGGACAGCCGGGGAGACUCAGACCGUCCUCCGGUCCUCCGGUUCUCACGUGCAAAGAAACAUUAAAUUGCGAGAGUUUUGAACGGAACCUGGUUGGACUCUGAGAGAGCAGGGCGGGACAGAGAGGCUGGGCACGGUGCCAGUCCUGUGGGUGGAGAGAAACCACCGCCUCAAGGCUCCGUCUGUCUCCAACACCACAGGCAGUGAUUUACCAACCAAAGACUGAACCCAGAUCAGAUGAAUCCAGUCUGCUGUUUUCAGCCCAGUCUCAGUUAAUCAUUUCUUGUCAUUAUGGCAGCCAAAACCAAAUGGGGGGCGGUGAAGGACCGUGUGACUGGAAGCCCCGCCCACGACCCCGACGCCUCGCUGGAGGCGAAUCUGGAGAACGCUGACCCCGAGCUGUGCAUCCGACUGCUGCAGGUUCCCACCGUGGUGAACUACUCUGGUCUGCGGCGGCGGUUGGAGGCCAGCGAUGAGUCCUGGAUGGUGCAGUUCCUGGAGCUGCGAGGUCUGGACCUGCUGAUGGAGGCGUUGGAGCGUCUGUCUGGUCGCGGCUGCGCUCGCCUCGCCGACGCCCUGCUGCAGCUGACCUGUGUCGCCUGCAUCCGAGCCGUCAUGAACUCCUCCGCAGGACUGCACUUCAUCCUGGACAAUGAGGGCUACGUCAGGACCCUGACCCAGGCUCUGGACACGUCCAACGUCAUGGUGAAGAUGCAGGUGUUUGAUCUGCUGGCAGCUCUCACUCUGUUUGACCCUCGGGGGCACCACCUGGCUCUGGAUGCCCUCGACAACUACAAGAGUGUGAAGAAGCAGCAGUACCGCUUCAGUGUCAUCAUGAACGAGCUUCACGCCACCGAUAACGUGGCGUUCAUGGUGACGCUUAUGAGCGUCAUCAACGUACUCGUGUUGGGACAAGACGACCUGAGGAAGAGGGACCGACUGCGACAGGAGUUCAUUGGCCUGCAGCUGUUGGACCUGCUGCCCAGACUGAGGGAGACGGAGGACAAGGAGCUGAACAUCCAGUGUGAUGCGUUCGAGGACUCUCUGACGGAGGAUGAGGAGGAGAUGGAGCGACUGUACGGAGGCAUUGACAUGAGCAGCCAUCAGCAGGUCUUCACCUCCCUCUUCACCAAGAUGUCCAGCAGUCCGUCCUCCGUCCAGCUGCUGUCCAUCCUUCAGGCCUUAUUGAUGGUGGAUCCGGACAGAGCUGAGAUCUGGUCGGCUCUGGAGCUGCUGGCUGACCGAGCCACGCUGCUGGCCCAGGACCCUGAUUUGGAGACUGCUGACUGUCUGCUGGAGAGGCUCCUCCCACAAAAGUCCACCUCAGCCAAUCAGAAGAUCCGAACCAUUGACAGGGCGGUACAGACUCGCCUACCAGACAGCCCCCCCAGCCAAUCAGAGACACUGAUGAAAGAUGCCUCAGCAACACCAGCUUCAGCUGUGUCCUCUCAAGCGCCUCCCCCUCCUCCUCCUCCCCCUCCCCUCCCUAGUAUGGGGGCUCCGCCUCCUCCUCCUCCUCCCCCUCCCCCUCCCUUACUUGGUAUGGGAGCUCUGCCUCCUCCUCCCCCUCCCCUCCCUGGUAUGGGGGCUCCGCCUCCUCCUCCCCCUCCCCUCCCUGGGAUGGGAGCUCCGCCCCCUCCCCCUCCAGGUGACAUCAUCGUAGCCCAGACAUUUCAAGGUCUGGGCAGGUCAUAUUACAGCCCCACCCCCCAGAUAAGCCACGCCCCCUGCCCCACCCUCCGCAUGAAGAAGCUGAACUGGCAGAAACUCCCAUCCAGAGUGGUGACAGCUCAUCAGUCCCUGUGGACGUCAACAUCUUCAGACGGGGUUGAACCAGAUUACUGCAGCAUCGAGCAGCUCUUCAGUCUUCCUCCAACUGAGACCAAGACUAGGACCAAAGCCAAGACCGAACCCAAAGAGAUUUCCUUCAUCGACGCCAAGAAAAGUCUCAACCUCAACAUCUUCCUCAAGCAGUUCAGAUGUUCCCAUGAGGACUUUGUGUCUCUGAUCCAAAGAGGAGACAGGUCCAAGUUUGAUGUGGAGGUCUUGAAGCAGCUGAUCAAACUGCUGCCGGAGAAACAUGAGAUUGAGAAUCUUAAGUCUCACCAGGCAGACAGGGACAAGUUGGCAUCAGUGGACCAGUUUUACCUGCAGCUGCUGGACGUUCCCAGUUACUCUCUGAGGAUAGAGUGUAUGUUGCUGUGUGAGGAGAGCAGCUGUGUGUUGGAGUCUCUGAAGCCCAAAGCUGAGCUGCUGGACCGAGCCUGUCAGAGUGUGAGGGAGAGCACUCGGCUGCCCAGCUUCUGUAAACUCAUCCUGAGUGUUGGAAACUUUCUCAACUAUGGGACUCACACAGGGAACGCUGAGGGCUUUAAGAUCAGUACUCUGCUCAAACUGACAGAAACUAAAGCCAACAAGUCCAGAAUCACCCUGCUGCACCACAUUCUGCAGGAGGUGGAGGAGAACCACCCGGACCUGCUGAACCUUCCUGAUGAUCUGGAGAUCUGUGAGAAAGCCGCAGGGUGUAACGUGGAGUCGAUUCAGUCUGAAACACACACUCUGACCAAACAGCUGAAAAAUGCUGAGACCAAAGUUUCUUCUUCGUCCGAGGAUCUGAGGGAGCAGUACCUGUCCACCAUACAGGAGAGCCUGCGGGCCUGUGAGCAGCUGCAGCAGCUGUUGUCCUCAGUGGAGGACAGGAGGACAGACCUGUCCAUCUACCUGUGUGAGGACAGCUGCAGCUUCUCCCUCAACGAACUCUUCAACACCAUCAAGACCUUCAGAGGACUCUUCCUCCGAGCCAUCAAGGAGAAUGAGAGUCGUAGGGAGCAGGAGAAGAGGAGGAAGAAGCAGGAGGAGGAGAGGAAACACAAAGGAGACACCAGCAACAAGAUCAUCAGGAAGGACGUGUCUGAACAGGACGGCGGCUGCAUCAUCGACAACCUGCUGGCCGAGAUCAGGAAGGGCUACAACCUGAAGAAGACCAGACCCAGAGCCGAGAGGGGCAGCAGAGUCCACGAUCAUCCCGGGGUCAUGCAGAGGUUAGUGGCUGUGGAUGAGCCAGACUCCUCUGUUUCCAGCCAAUCAGAGAGGCCCACAGAUCCACCACAGACAGUCCAGGUCCCCAAAGGUCCACCACCUGAAACGAGACCAGAACCAGGCUCAGAGCCCCAGAACCCUGAACCCUCUUCCUCUCCUGUUGCUGCUGACACAGAGGGGGACCAGAGCCAGACCAGAGUCCAGGACUCUGAGGUGGACUCUGGUCCUGAGCCAGAGACCAGAGAUCCUGCAGCAGAGGAGGUCCAGCUCAGACCAGAGGGUCCAGGAACAGAGGACGAUUCAUACACGGUAAAGAGGAGCGAGGAGUCUGAGUUUGAGGAGAUCACAUCGUUAGAGGCCAGAACUACCGAACACGACAAGGACCCAGAUCCUGGUCCAAGCAGACCAGCCAAGUCCAGGACCAGUUCAACAGGUCUGUGUUUAGAUAAAAUCAUCAGGACAAACCAGCCUGGUUUCAGCUCAGACACCGGCUCUCUGUGGCAGCAGACGUUCCUGUUGGAUCCAAACACUCGAAAACUAAGAGAGGCUGUGUUUCACACUGAGUGUUGACGGAGGAGGACUCGUCUCCACGGCAACAGGACUGAAUCAGAUCCAGUUUGUUCCAGGGGUUUUAGUUUCAGCUCCAGAUGUUUGUCUAACCUGAUGAGGCAUUUACAGACUGUCUGUAAAUAGCAGAGUUGUCUGAGCAGGUUCAGUCUGAAGAUGUUUUAAAAUCAGCUCUGUGUUGUUUGUUCUCCCACAAUGCACUGCUGCGAGGAAAUAAACAGUGAAAGUUA